CAACAACAACAACUAACGAUACGAAAACAACAAUGAUGACUAAAAAGAAAACAAUGUAUAUGUAUUCAUAUGGACAUCGGACGAUGUCAUUCACAGUGCACUUUAUUAAAGACUAACUAUUUUCAUUCUUAACGUUUAAACAUGUAUUAUUGUUAAUGAAUAUUCGUCUUAGGGAACCUUUUACGUCUAUUACAUGUUUUCGCGAGCUGGUACAACAUCUAACAAGUUUGAUUUUUUUCAAAUUGUUAUGUUGAUAACUUAAGAAAAUCCGAUAAUACUCAAUAGCACUUGGAGAUGUUUGGUCAGCUUGUAAUAGGACCCCCUGGUUCAGGGAAAACCACCUACUGUGCUGGCAUGGUACAGUUCCUGUCAGGGUUUGGACGUGAGGUUGCUGUUGUAAAUCUUGAUCCAGCCAAUGACAUGAUGUCCUACAAACCAGACAUCAAUAUAGCCGACCUGAUCACCAUCUCAGACGCUAUGGAUACCCUUAAACUAGGCCCUAAUGGUGGACUGGUAUAUUGCAUGGAGUUUCUAGAGAGUAACUUGGCCUGGCUACAGUCAGAGCUGGCAAAGGUCAAGGGCAAGUACCUGCUGUUUGACUGUCCUGGCCAGGUUGAGCUGUACACGCAUAACAACGCCAUGCGUAACAUCGUGGCCCAGAUGGUUGCCAUGGAUAUCAGACUUGUAGCUGUACACUUAGUGGACUCCCAUUACUGCAGUGAUGCGUCCAAAUUCAUAUCUGUCCUGCUUACCUCCCUUACCACCAUGCUGCAGAUGGAGCUUCCGCAUGUAAAUGUUCUGUCUAAAUGUGAUCUCAUACAGAAAUAUGGCAAGCUGGCCUUCAAUCUGGAUUUCUACACUGAUGUUUUGGAUCUUUCCUAUAUUCUUGAUGAGCUCAAGGAAGAAGAAGAAGACAGCAAGUAUAAGAAGCUUAACAGCGCCAUUGUGGACAUCAUACAGGACUACAGUCUGGUCUCCUUUGUGCCAUUGUUUGUGGAGGACAAAGAAAGUAUGCUGAGGGUCAUGAAGGCGGUGGACAAGGCAAAUUGUUACGUGUUUGGGGACCUGGAGGAUCGAAACAUGCAACAGAUGCUCUCUUGUGCCGUAGGAGCGGAGUUUGAAUACGAGAAAAUCAAAACUGUGCAAGAACGAUUUGUAGAUAUGGAAGAAACAGAGAGCGAGAAAGGAUGAGAUGGAGAUGUAUAAUGAGUUUAAUAACACAUCUUCUACCUUUAAGAGACUGUAAAAAACAUUGGAAAUGAAGUUACUGCAGUUAUGUAGACAAGUGUUUUUGUCAAUUGUAUUUUAAAUAAAUAUUUGUUUAUAGAUCACCAUCAGUGAGUAUAUAAGGCUGUAGAGUCCAAUCAAUGUUAAUGUAGCCACAAGAAAUACUUGAAUUUUUAAUUAUAUCUACCCAUCUUUUUCAAUGUGAGUUUGCAAGAAGAGAGUCACUUAUGAUACAACAGAUGUCAUUAAGUAAUGCACAUUAAAUGUUUCUGCCAUGUAUGACAUCAGUAUUAGACUUCUUUCUGCAUAUAUAUGAGUGCUGAUUCCACAAAGAAAACGACACUGCUUGUUAGUGCAUGAAGAAAAAUCUGGAAUUUCUAUCAUAUAAUAUGAAGUUAUUGUAUUUCAAUGUUCACAUGUCAAAUGGCAAGUGUAAGUAGACCAUGUUCACUUUAAAGUUGUAACCAGAAUCAUUCAGUGUAAUUAUACACUAUGAAAAAUAAUUUAACUGGUAAUCAAUAAAACUAAAUGAGCCACUCUCAAAGAAAACAGGGCUUAAUAAACAAAUGUUAAAUAUUACAUAAAGUUUUUAGGGAACAGUAAUUGUUUGUGGUCAUCAAAUUUAAAUGUCACUUUGUUUACUUAACAUAUUGCAAUUGAGCCUUGCUUGGGGAAAACGGAGUGUAAUGCAUGUGCGUUAUGCAUUGUACCAGACAAUCCUGUGCAGUGCACCUUGGCUAAUCAGGAAUGACACAAUCCAUAUUUAUGGAAUUUGUAUGCCCCUGGAUCGAAAAUGAUAGGGGGUAUGUUGUUUUUGGCCUGUCUGUCAUUGUGUGCGUCCCAAAACUUUAACCUUGCUAAUAACUUAUGCAAUAUUGAAGAUAGAAACUUGUUAUUUGGCAUGGAUGUGUAUCUCAUGGAGCAGCACAUUUUGAGUGGUGAAAGGUCAAGGUCAUCCUUCAAGGUAAAAUGUGAAAUAUAUGGCUUCAAAGCGCAGUAGGGGGCAUUGUGUUUCACAAUCAUAGCUCUUGUUUGUUACAGGAUAUCUGAUAGUAACACAAUUCCAGUCUGGACAGAACGGUUGGCCCUGAUCAGCCUGUGCAGACCAUCUGUAUCUCCUGAAUACGCCAAGAUAUAGUUUGGGGAAGAAUGGAAUUAUUUCUAAAGAAAUGUACUUUAUUGAUUUUUUUUAUAGAAAGUGAAGUUUAAAAGUAAUAAUGUUAACAUUGAAUGAACAUCCAAUGCUAGAAACUGUGUUUUCAUAGAUGUAUGUGCAAUAAACAUGUACCUGU